AUGGACGCAAAAAGUAAGUGCUUAGAAUCAUCACUUACAGUUCCAAGUGUUCAAGAAUUAUCACUUCAAAAUCCACAAAAAGUACCAAAAAGAUACUUAAGAGACGAUGGUGAUGAUGAUUUCUGCGCUUUUCCUUCUUCUGAUCCAUCUCUUACAAUACCCUUGAUUGAUAAAGCAAAGUUGGUUAACACACUGGGGUGUUUUUCAGAUGGUAAAUCAUGGAGUUUCAUCUGUUAA